AGGAGACGGCGGCCAUUUUGAAGAAGAACCAAAGAAGAUACUUGGAAAUCAGAUGAACUUAAGAAACAUCUCAGGGUGUCACAGUCAGAUAGCCAAUCUGAAGAUAAGAAACAGAAGGAAAAGAAACUGCAAAGAGACAGAGAAACUCAGGACAUGGUUGAUUACAAAGGAUAUGUACACAAGGAUCAAGACAAGGACAGAGGAGAGGCAAAAGAAAGGAAAGGAGAACGAGAGAGAUUUAAAUCUAGUGAAAGAGACAGGGAUAAGCUGAGAGAGACAGAAAGGGGAAAAGAUCACAGAGAACGAGAGAGAGAGAAAUUUAAGGAGAAGAUCCAAGAAAAAGAUGCAGAGAAGGAAAAACACAUCACAAGAAAAGAUAAAGAGAAGGGGAGUGAGAAGGAAAAAGACAGAAAAUAUAGGAGGGAUGAUCAGAAACAAAUGCUUAAACAGAAUAACCUGAGAACACAUGGAGAAAAGGAUAAAGAACAACACAGAAGAAGAGAAAGCAAGGAUCAAUUGGAGCAAGCAAAUGUAAGGGAUGAAGUGAAAGAGAGAAGACAUACAGAAAGAAAAGUAAAGGAGGGAAAAAAAAGUGAGCGCAAAAAUAGUGUUGGUGAGUUUUUAACCAUGAAAGAUGAAGGAAGUGGACAUAGACACAAGUCACAUAGAGAUCAAGAACUGAAUAAAGACAGAGAGAGAAGUCAGAGGGAUAAAAGAGAACAUCAACAUUUAGUUAGGGCAGGAAAGGAGAGACCUUCAAAACAAAGAAGCCAUGAAUUGUUUGUAAAGGAUGGGGAAGAAAAAUGUGUGUCAAGGAGACCUAAAGAAGGAUUUUCUACUGAAGACAGAGAAAGACAAAAGAGAGAGAAUAAUGAAAAAAGACAGAGGGAAGAAAAUGAAAGAAAGAAAAGAGAUCUUAAGAACAGUGAGCACAAUAAACAAGGGAAGAGCUUAAGAGAAGAAGAAACCAGUCAUCAGUAUGAAAGGAGUACAACAGAUAAAAGAAAGAGCAAUGAAGCAGAAAAGAAAGCGGACACAAGACAAAGGCAAAAUCCAGGUGAUCAUGUGUCAACAGGGAAACCUAUGCAGAGGCAAAAAAGCGAGGAAGAACUUGAAAUCAUUGAUAACUAUUUGACAAAUUAUGAAGAUGAUUUUGAAGAUUAUGAAGAUGAUUUUGAUGAUGAUGAAGAAGAUAAUGAUAAUGAGGACAGAGACUCAGAAGAAAAACUGAGAGAGAUCCCUAUUUCCAAAAAAUCAGAAAUAGAAGAAAUUCAAAGAGCAAUUAAUGCAGAAAAUGAGAGGAUUAAUAUCAUGCCACCAAAGAAAAUGCAAAAAGAACAUGAAAAGGAGCCAAAAAUGGAAAGGCAAGACUCUCCUGCCAGAGGCUCUCUCUGUAGAAUGUUCAUGGAUUUUGAAGCAGCAAACCAGCGGCAAACUAACCGAAAUAUGGCCAGUAUACAGAAGAAGCGCAGUUCUGAACUGCUCCGACUAAUUGACCUGGACUUCUCAGUGAGUUUUUCUUUACUGGAUUUGCCUCCAGUGAAUGAAUAUGACAUGUACAUCAGGAACUUUGGAAAAACAAACACUAAACAGGCAUACGUUCAGUGUAAUGAGGAUAAUCUUGAGAGGGACGUUCAGACAGAUGAAAUAGAGACACUAGAAAAAUGGACACAACAUCCAGGAGACAGUGUCCUUGUAUCUGGAGGUCCCAGAAGAAGCAAUGAUGUGUCUAUAGAUGUUGCUGUAACACCUAGGAUUGAUUCACAGAGAUUAACAAACUUUCUCCGGUCUGCUUGUCAGGUGAUUGCUGUUUUGCUUGAAGAAGAUCGAGGUGCAACACAACCCAGGUGGAAUCUGAGAUCUCGACAAACUAGUCUGUCUAUUAGUGAUAGCUGCUUCCAGCUAAAUACUAAUCUACUUUUCCUCCACGGCCGAAAAGUGUUCUGCUUACAUGUAUCUCAGGUUCAGAGGCAAGCCUUGCUUUCUGUUCACGGAUUACCUGAAAAGCCAAGUGUUAUUCAACUGGACAGGAAAUACAUCAUAUGUGUAUGGAAUGUCUGGCAGCCUUCCAGUCCUCAGAAAGUUUUAGUCUGUGAAGCAGAGGUGACAUGUUGCUGCUUUAGUCCCAGUAAAGCAACUUUAGUGUUUGCUGGAACAAUGGAUGGUUCAUUGGUAGUGUGGGAUCUCAGAGAAGAUUCCAGAAUGCAUCUCUGUAUGAAGUUAAAUGAAACUGACUGGAUUUUUAGAGCUCCAACAUUUUCUACUGAUGGUGUUCUGUCCUCAUUAAACCACUCAUGUCCUGUAGUUGCAAUAGAAUCGAUCUCAACAUCUAUCUACAAGAAACAGAAUUAUGAGCUGUCACACCUAUCUUCUCAAGAAGAAAUGUCAGGCCUGUCAUUUCAAAUAGCUUCCAUGGAUGAAAAUGGGACUCUGAAUUUGUGGGUAGCAGUUGAAUUACAAAAAGUGGAUUUGGCUGGUUCACAGAGUGAUUUAGGUUUAAUUCCUGGGGGGAAAGUAAAAUUAGUACAUAGCUCUACUCUUCAGUUGAAUAACAGUCUUUUCCCAAAAGCUAUCCUAUGUCUGACAACACCUCAAACACUGAAUAUUAAGUUUCUGCCUUCCAAUCCUAAUCAUUUCAUUGUUGGAACAGAUGUUGGUGUGGUAAGUCAUGGUACAAGACAUGAUUUAAGAGUUCUUCCAAAGCUGUUCAAACCCCAGCAGGGUGGACCAAGAUCAGUAAGAGCUAAUGCAGUCGAUUUCUCUCCUCUUGGAAAGCCAAUAUUUUUGGUUGGCUGUUCAGAUGGAAGUAUUAGAUUGCACCAAAUGACAUCAGAGCAUCCCCUCAUACAGUGGAAUGACAGCACAAAUGGACAGCCAGUUAUUGCUCUACAGUGGGCUCUCACAAGACCUGCUGUGUUUUUUGUUCUGGAUGCAUCAUCUAGUGUUUACAUUUGGGAUCUACUGGAAAACGACCUGUGUCCUGUAGCCAAACAAAUUAUUCAGUCAGAUAAAGUUAUGACUAUGGUUGUAUUGGGUGAACCAGAAAAAACAAAUGGUCUGUUGGGGAUUGCAUUGGCCAAACAAUCUGGGAUAAUCGACAUUCAGUAUGUAAAGAAGAAGUGGGCAUUACCUCAGUCAGAAGAGUCAGAGAAGCUCCAGUUGCUCUUGCAACAAUUCUUAUAAAACUGAUAAAUUGUCUUUUGCUCUAUGUACAAAUAUGGCUGGCUGUAUUUGCUGUACUUAAAAGAUUUAUAAUUUAAGAGCUUUUGCAUUUGUAAAUAUAGUGUAUAUAUUUCACAAGAAUGUCAGUACAGUAUUUCAAUGGAAGAUACCAUAUUUUUGUUAAUUAUAAAAAUGACAGAACAGAGCUUGGCAAACAUUGUAUCUGAACAAAGAUUAAUUAUAUUUCCUUCCAGAUUAUGAAUAUUUAUUGGUAGUUUUCAGUAAAAUAGUGAAAAUAUAUUAAUUUAAAAUAUGAUAUGCUACUUCUCAGUGUUACAUUUUGAAGCACACUGUAGAUAUUUUAAAGUUCAUAUCUUCUGUAUAAAGCUAAAUAUAUGCUUUUCUAACACAUAAAAGGUUGUUCAGGUUACCUUUGGAAAUGUCUCAACCUCUCCACAGCUGUCACCUGUUCAUUUGUGCAUAGGCUGCUAGACCAUACCCCAAUGUGGAGAUACUUGCAUAGAGACCAGAAAAACACCCUGGCUGACCUUUGUUGAGUGUCUUCUUCAUUCUCCCAAUUUGGUAGGGUUUGUCCUUAGCAGGAGAAAUGGGGCAUCUGUCCCUCAAAACCUGUGGAAGUUCAGUAUCUGCUAUCCACAAGGAGGCCCUGUACCUCUGCACUGAUUCUGGGUAUCCUUCAUCUCUGUUCAUACUAACUUGACUCCUCAAGUGGCAUGGGACCUUUGGGUCCCUUGUUAUAGAUGUUCCCAGCAUGUAUGGGCUCUGCAGAACUUAUUCAGCCCCAGGUUGUAUUAAGUUGCCCAUGGAAUGUCUGCUGACCUUCUCCUAACCUUACAUCUGCAUUGAGUCCUGUAAAAAAUCUAAAAGGUGUGGGGACUGCAACUAUGGAGAUUUGGGGUUUAGACUCUUGUCCCUUCUAGCCCUAUGUUUCUAUAAGUCAAUGUCCAUUUACACCAAUUUAUAAUCCUUUAUACACUAGUAAGUAGACAUAAGUAGGUCUGAGUCUAAAAGAAUCUGACUUUGACCCUAAGAAUUUGCCAAAUUGCUAGUUAUUAAGUAGGUCCCACAUACAUACAUAUGCUUAGGAUGUGCCGGCCUUAGGUUUUCUGGUUUUCCAAACUAUGCAAAUAAUCUUAAUCCAUUUACCAAAACCCUUGGACCAAUGGAAUAUUCAACUCUUUCCAAGAUAAACUAUAUCCAUUUAUUGCUACAGUUAUAUAAUUGUAAGAUAAUUACCAAAUUCUCCUUUAUAGAGGGAAGAAUAGAUUUGUCUUUAAUAACCAUUUUUAUUGUCCUAGUUUAAUUUUGGGCUGGAUUUGCUGCACUGUCGAGACUCAUCGUGGAAAGCUUCAACUCAAAAGUAGUAUGUUUGGAAAAGUUAUGCGCUACUCAAAAAAAUCAGGCUGGAAAUUAUACCUCACUUCUUGCUCAAGAACUGAUUGUCCCUACUUUGAAAAUAAUAAUUAAACACCUAGCCCUUAUAUAAUAUUUUUCAUCAGUAGAUCUCAAAGCUGUCUGCAAUAUUGAAUGUAUUAUCUUCACCAUACCACUGUGAGGAAGGGAAGUGGAAUUAUAUCCAUUUUUACAGAUGGAGAAUUGAAGCACAGAGAAUCAAAAUGUCUUGCCCCAGGUCAUACAGACUGUCUAUGGCAGAACAGGGAACUGAUAACUGGUCUCUCAAGUCCUAGGCGAGUGGCCUAACCAUCUUCCUCUCUAAUAGUAAGAAUCCAGUGUACAGAUUUUUAGUGUUUCCUCCCAACCGAAGCUGAAAUUGUUUUGGAGUUCUAACUCAUUGUUUUACAGUUCACAAAAGAAAACUAGGUGUUUAGAAUCUCUUGUCACUUUAAAUGAAUAAACUCAAACUGGCCACGUGGUGGUGCCAAACGCUUAGCAGUAAAAAUGGCUGGGUAUAAAAGAUACACACUGGUAUGAGAACAAGUUUGCUUCUAGGCAUGUAGAUUUAAUUAAACUGUUCACUUUCCUUGAAAAAUAGUAGCUGGAACCCAGAGACACAGGAAAUGCCACACUCAUCGGAGAAAUCAUUGACACUGUCAUGGUUCCCUGGUCUGUUACCUGUUCUCAUCUAUGCCCACAGUGGGGAAAUUGAAAAGCAUAAGGAUUUUCACUGUCCUGAUGGACCUCUGGAUUUCUCUCUGUCAUUUUGAAAACAAAAUCACCUUAAUAAUAUAAGCUUUUCUGAGAAAAAGGAGGAUAAAUGAUAUUCUUGUUAUUGUGGUGAGGAUCAAGAACAAGUUUCUUUGUACUUUGGAUGGGAUCUUCUUGUCAACCUAACUGUCAUGUUUGAAGCAUAUAUCCCGACCUGUGGCAUUUUGAAAGUUCUGAAAGUUUUGGACGCAAUUUUGAGAGCCUGGGAAUCCUGCAAAAUCCCAUGUUUUGUCCAAAAAAUCUGAUGUAAAUCUGCUCUGCUAGAUACAGCAGCUCUAGAGAUCAGUGACUGAAGUAGUGAAAUCUUUUAACAUCAUCUUUCUCUAGUUUCAGGAAUCAGGACAAUGAACAAAUGGUAGCUGCUUCUUGUGAUGAGGUCGGAAACCAUGACUGUCAGGGUGCAAGGCACAAGAAAUCACCUAAGGCGAACACUUUCAAAUGUAGGGACCUACAUUGAUAUUUAAGGACUUAAACAGAAACAUUCUGAUUUUUAGAUGUGCUGAGCACUUUCACCCCUCAGCAACUUUUAAUUGCAGUCUUACAUCUUAGACCCCAUGGCUACUGCCAAACUUUUGCAUUUAACCUUACUUGUGAAAAAUUGCUUAGGUUCAACAGUAUUGCAUGAUUAUUUUUCCCAUGUGUGAAAAGUAUAAUGCAUGUUAAGACUGAUAGAUACCAACACCUUCCAACCAUUGUUAUAACAUCAAGCAAGAAAAAAACGUGUCACCACCAUAUUUCACAAAUUACCUUACUUUUUGUGUUUAAAAUCCUAUUUUCAUCAUAUUGUUCAUUAUUUCACUAUAGCAUGGGUCAGGAGCACUAGGUGCUAUACAAAUAUGUUGCAGAACAUGAUCCCUGCAACAAAGAGUAGGUUCUAAAGCCUUGGUCUUGCACCAGCAAAAUCACUGGGAGUACUGCUAUUGGCUUCAGGGGCAGACGUUAAUUUAAGAUAAUAAAAAGUGAAUGUAAGAAUAGAAGGGAACGAUGAUUACUGAGGGUAACUGACAAAAUCAUGUUUUGAUGCAUGCCCGCUAUGUCAUAACUUGAUUAUUCUGAAAAAUAAAGCUGUCAGCAGUCUCUACUGGUCUUCUACCUAGUCAUCAGAAGAGCAUGAAAUAGGUUUAUGCUCAAGUUUAGGGAAGGUGUUCCAUGCUUAUUGACCUGCCAUGCUCUAUCAGACCAAAGGUCCUUCUAAAUCACCAUCACCCUCAUGCUUCCAAUGAUUGUCAAAGGAAUUUGUCACUGGCAUCAGUAGAGCCAGGAGUUCAGAAUGUUUUAGAGGAUCAAUAGUAUACCCGGACAGCUGUGAAAUGUGGUAUCCCAAGGAAAGACUCCUUCUUACCCCUUUCAUUCUUUAAUCAAAUAUUUCAUGUCUGUUCUUAGGCAAGGUCUACACUAGACCUGGAAGGACACUUUAAGGUACACAACUCCAGCUAUGUAGAAUACAUAGCUGAAGUCGGCUUAUCUUAAAUCAAGCUUGGUACCAUCGCCACUGUUGGAGGUUGAUGGGAACAAAUGCUUCUGUCGGCUACCCUUACUCUUCACGACUGCGAGGAGUACAGAUGCCAGCUGGAACUGCUCUCAGUGUUCAAUUUACGGGAAUAUACAGUGAAAGCUUUGUUAUCCGGCAUUGCUCCCGGCCACAAUACUGUCAAAUCUUCAGGUGCACAA